AGAACGACAGUAGAUGAGCAUGAAGCACACAGAGUGAGAGAGCAAAUUAUUCAGGAAGAAAUACAGAGAAAAAGGGGAAGAAGGAAAUGGGGAAAACUCCUCCACCCGGAAUGGAGAGGGGUUGGAGAUGGUCUGUAACUGGGGAAGAGCCAGCAGAGCCCGAUACACACUGGAGUCUCACCCCUGCUCUCACACCCAAAAUAGGGACGGCCUAACCCGGGUGCCAACAAUGACUCUCCUGUCCUUAACCGACCGAGCUGGCUGGAGCGUGUGCUCCGCUCUCUGUGUCCUCAUCGUGCUGCUACCGGAGGCCAAAGCAGACAACUUUAACACUACCACCCGCAAUGGCGGGGGUUCCCAGUGUGGGGAGUACUCCAACCAGCUGAUGGAGAACGGGAUGUGUCGGCUGGUGGCCACGCUGCCUCAGCUGGACGAGCAGAGGUGCCCCGAUAUGUUCCGCUGCACGGACGAGGUUUCCUACUGGCUGCACGAGAACGAGGAGCGGAAACAGCAGAUUGUGGCACUGAAGGAGACAAUCUCUGAGCUGCAGGAGGAGCUGAGGAACCACCGUCACCGCAUCAAAGUCCUCGAGCUGCAGAGCGAAGAGAGACACCAUUUGAACAUCUCCUUGGAGCAGCGGUUUCAUGAGCUGGACGUGCACUAUGCUGAAGCCACCACCCUGCUGCACCUGCAGGGCACUCUUAUCUUGGAGCUACAGAACCAGGUCCACAAUCUGACACUUUUGGUGAGUAAAGUCAAAACAAGCCCUGGCUGUAUGAUGAACCUCGUCCGUCCCAACCCCCUCAUGAGUGCCCAAGAGGCCCUGCACCCAGGGAUGCAGCAUGCGAAGAACUGUCCCAUAGAUUGUGCCUCUAUCUACUACAACGGAGUGAGGAGAUCGGGUCUCUACACUGUGGUGCCAUCACUGGCAGGCAUGGCCGUGGAGGUUUACUGCGAUAUGGACACAGAUGGUGGUGGCUGGACUGUGAUCCAGCGGCGGGUUGACGGCUCGGUGAGCUUCGACCGCAGCUGGAGGGACUACAGGGACGGCUUUGGUGACCUUCACUCGGAGUUCUGGCUGGGCAACGACCACAUACACGACCUGAGCACCCAGGGGGACUACAGCCUCCGCAUAAACCUGGAGGACUGGAGCAACAAGUACAAACACGCCCUGUACCAGAGCUUCAGGUCAGUGUCAUCAGGGCCAGUUGGAGACACACGCACAGCAUCUGUACCCUCUCGUGUAACUUCUGUUGUGUUUGUGUGCAGUGUGGAGGAUGAGGAGCACCAGUACCGUCUGCACGUGUCAGGCUUCAGCGGCUCGGCGCAGGACUCCUUCAGCUGGUACCACGACAAGCAGGGCUUCAGUACACCAGACAGUGGGAACAUCUGCGCUGAGAUCUCCCAUGGUGGUUGGUGGUACAACCAGUGCUUCUACGCCAACCUCAACGGUGUCUACUACAGGGGAGGCAAAUACAGCCCCAAAGGCCGGGGGCCGCUGGGUCCCGACGGGAUCGUUUGGCACUCCUGGAGAGACUCGGACUAUUACUCUCUACGAAAGGUCAGCAUGAUGAUCCGACCACGCAGCUUCCGAAACCGUUUGUCACCAUGAACUGCGGUCGCCCCGACAACGGUUUGGCUGCGGCACCAACACUUGGUGAUGAAACGACGCACCAUUGGACGCCACGUUGGUGGUGACAUCCAAUGAUGUUUUUACUGAAAAAGCUGAAAUGCCAAUUAUGUCGACAACAGAUUUUGUAGUUAGUUAACCUACAGACCAAAAGUCUUCUGCCGAUUUGAAGUUUUUCAAAGUGACCGCAUAAGCAUCUAUGGCUGGUAUGCUUGACAAGCUCAAAACACAUGGACCUGAUUUUCUGCAGCAUAUUUUUGGAAACAAAACUUUGAACUGCAUGGGAAGUGAGUUCUUCCUCGUUUUGUACUUCUAUUUUGUACCUUUAGUUUCACACUCGACACUAAUAUUAACUCAGCCAAAACAAAACAGCAGAUUUUGUAUGAUUUCUUGACAUUGUCUCGGCACUGAGAGGAGACAUGUUCACUCGAAUGUUUAUGCGAUUCUUGUGCACGUGCAUCUUAUAUCUAUAUUAUGCUGUUUUACAUUUAUUCUGAAUGUCAGCCAACUAUGAAUUUAAUCAAGUGUACAUUUUCAUUGAAAUUCUAAGUGUAUUAAUGCUGUUAAAUAAGUCAUGACAUAAUUGUAUUAGACCCCAAACCUUUGACAAGUGCUACUGUCUCACUGUUUAAGCUCAGAGAGGAGAAGUCGUGUACACAUACAUGUGCUGUACAAUAAACGCCACAAAUACCACGUGUCAGAGAGGAUACUGUUUCACAUAGACAGAAUGGUUCAAUGGUCGAAAAGACCCCAAAAAUUAUCUGACCAGCAGCUUGAAAUUAUAGAUAACUCUUAACAUCGAGUUUACACACUCCGGUUCGUCUGUGGCAGCCAGUAGGAGGUGA